AAUUCAAAGCCACAGAUUUCAGAAGAACAAAAGACUUUCUCUCCAUCCCUUUGCACCUUCUUCCCUCUUCCCUCUUCCCUCUUUCCCCGUCCCCCGUCCCCCCUCCCCCCGUCCCAGCCACAUCAGAAACAAAGAAAAAAAACAACUACUGGGGUGGGCAUUUCCAGCUGAUUUUGUGGUGACUGCUGUUUGGAUCGAUCGCUUCAUCUUGCGAGCUCUUCUUUCGUUUCAGGUAAUCAACCCUUUGCUUGUUUCUUUCUCUUUUUUUUUUCUUUUUCUUUUUUUUCUUUUUUUGGGGGGGUGGGGGUGUGUGGGGGUGUGUGGUGGUGUUUCUGCUUUUGGAUCUAUUACAUCGGCGUCUUUUUUUUCUUUUUUUUUUCUUUUUUUUUUUAAACAUUUCAUAUAUUCAUCCAUCCUUCUUUCUUUUUUCCUCUGAUUUUUUGAAGUAUUCCUCUGCCAAGUUGAUCUGGGUGUUUCUUUGUUUAAGCUGUUGUUUCUGCUAUCUGGGUUCAUGGUUUAUUAUCAUCUUUCUUGUUUUGUUGCUAUUUUCUUGCCCCUAAAUUGAAAUCUUUCAAUAAGGGAGCUAUGGGGAUGGGGUGGGGGUUUUCUUUUUUUUCUUUUUUUUUGGAAUUUUUUUUGUGAUGGUGGUGUUGGUGGGGUUCAUAAGUUGGAUCUGUGAAAUUUUUCAAAAACAAAAAUAAAAAUAAAAAUAAUUCAUUGGUUGUGAUGUAGAGGUAGAGAUUUGGGCUGUUUUAUUAUGUAAUUUGGUGUUUGACUUCUUUGACAGAUAAAAGGGGGUGUUUGGAAAGAGGGAAUAAAAUGGAGGACGCAAUGGGAGGAAGAUACUGGUGCCAUAGUUGCUCACAAGUGGUGAAUCCCAUCGCUGAAGCAGAGCCCAAGUGCCCCUUGUGUCAAGAUGGAUUCAUUGAGGACAUCGAUGGCACUGCUUCAAGGGAUCAUAAUGACUCCGACUCUGAUCUAGCUUCCGAUCGAACCCUCUCUCUUUGGGCCCCAAUCUUGUUGGGCAUGAUGGGUAAUCCUCGUCGGCGCCGCAGAUUCAGAAGAGAAGAUAUAGAAGAUGAGGAGGAGGACAAUGAAGAUGGUGAGGGUCGUAGAGGAGGAGAGACUGAACUUGAUCGGGAACUUGAUUCCAUAAUCAGGAGGAGAAGGAGAAGUUCUGCUACUAUUCUCCAACUACUUCAAGGCAUUAGAGCUGGAAUGGUCUCUGAAUCAGAGAAUUCUGAAAAUGAUAGGGAUAGGGAUAGGGAUAGAGAAAGAGAAAGGGAAAGAGAGCGCCUGAUUCUAAUAAAUCCUUUCAAUCAAACUAUAAUUGUUCAGGGUUCUUUUGAUUCAAACCAGGCCCAAAAUCAGAAUCAAAACACCAUUGGCUCCCUGGGGGACUAUUUCAUUGGCCCCAGUUUAGAUUUGUUGCUGCAACAUUUAGCAGAAAAUGAUCCUAAUAGAUAUGGGACACCACCGGCGCAAAAAGAUGCAAUUGAAGCAAUGCCCACUGUGAAAAUUAAGGAGAAUUUGCAGUGUUCAGUGUGUUUGGAUGACUUUGAGAUUGGCGCUGAGGCAAGGGAGAUGCCAUGUAAGCAUAAAUUCCACAGUGGGUGUAUUCUGCCAUGGCUGGAGCUUCAUAGCUCUUGUCCAGUCUGCAGGUUUCAGAUAGCAGCUGAUGAAUCCAAGCUUGAUUCAGAUGCUUCUCCGAAUGUUAGCAGUAACAGUAGCGAGAGGAGUAACAAUGGCCAUGGUAGCAGUGAAGAGGGAGAUGGGGAUGGGAGAAGUGGAAAUGGCAGAAGGUCUACGUUCAGGUGGCCUUUUACCAGUUUAUUUUCUUCCCAAGGAUCACAAACUAGCAAUGGGAAUUCCUCAUCAUCAGGAGCAAAUGCACCAGGGAGUGCAUCUAGGGCGAAUGAGAAUUGAGUACAUCUUACUUGACUUUUAUCAUCUUCUCCCCCUUUAUGUUGUUUGCCUUGUGUACAUAUUUUUUUUUUUUUUUUCUUCACUUGCCAAACAUGAAUGAAUCUUGAAUGGAAGAACAAAUUGUGAUUAUCGGGUGUAUCUAUACAUAUUUUGCCCUUGGAUUUCA